AUGACUUCUCUGUCUCUGAAAGGCCCGGGCGCCGCGCAGACCUAUGAUGGAACUGGGCUACGAAUCGCCAUUGUCCAUGCGAGGUGGAAUAUGGGCAUAAUUGGUCCUCUCGUGGAUGGGGCCAAGCGGAGCCUCCUUGCAGCUGGAGUUGCUGAGAAUAACAUAACGGUCCACACUGUUCCAGGCAGUUAUGAGUUGCCCUUUGCCGUGCAGAAGUUAUAUGCGGCUUCGCAGAUUGAAGCUGCCAAAGGCUCAGCCUCGGCGCAAGGCAUCAGUGCCACCGAUUUGCUGUCUUCCUCUACGGCGGACCUCACUAAGGCGUCUCCGCAGUCGCCAUCGCCCGAUGCACCUAGACCUUUCGAUGCCAUCAUUGCCGUUGGAGUACUGAUUAAAGGAGAGACUAUGCAUUUUGAAUAUAUCGCGGAUGCCGUCACUCAUGGAUUGAUGCGCGUGCAGCUUGAUACGGGACUGCCGGUUAUCUUUGGCGUGCUUACUGUCUUGACUGAAGAGCAAGGCUUGGAAAGAGCCGGCUUGGGCACAAAGGGAAUGCACAAUCACGGAGAGGACUGGGGUAAUGCUGCAGUGGAACUUGGAGCAAAGAAAAGAGACUGGGCUGAGGGUAAAAUUGUUUAG